GAGAGUGUGAGUGAGGCGGUGAGCGACAGCAACAGAUACCAGUGACCAAGCAUUUGCAGUGAAAAGCAGUCAUCGCUCAACUGAGACACUCGGAGAUGGCGUGGUCUGCGGCGAGGAGCUUCCACAUGCCGACGAUCGACAUGGGCGCACUGCGCACCGGGGCUCCCUUAGCCGUCGCCGGCGUCGGCUGUGCCUCGGUAGCCGGGUGGCGAUCCUUGGUUUCAUCGAAGCCCUCUUCCCGUUUCGCUUGCUUAGCAAUUUCCACUGACGCUCGAAUCAAGGAGGCUGUGAAAACAGAUAAGGCUCCGGCUGCAUUGGGACCCUAUUCUCAGGCAAUCAAAGCUAACAAUGUCCUCUAUGUGUCUGGUUGUCUUGGUCUGAUUCCGGAGACCGGAAAGUUCAUCUCGGAUGAUGUUGAAGGUCAGACGGAGCAGGUUCUCAAGAAUAUGGGAGAAAUACUGAAAGCAAGUGGUGCUGAUUAUUCGUCUGUGGUUAAAACAACUAUUUUGUUGGCUGACUUGAAAGACUUCAAGGCAGUCAAUGAGAUCUAUGCUAAAUACUUUCCAUCACCAGCUCCAGCACGCUCAACAUUUCAGGUAGCAGCAUUGCCUUUGGAUGCCAAGAUUGAAAUUGAGUGCAUUGCAGCACUGUAGCCUCAUACUAUUCGGCUUGUUAGCAGGAACUUAGAUAAUAAUGUAGGAGGUGGCUUCUUUGAACAUGGCCUUUUACUUGUUUAUUCCGCCCUCCCUUGCACAUUGUUGAUUUUGUAACAUCAUUUCUGUACUUGACAACUAAAAAGCAGGAUAGAUGAUGAUUGCUUUGUCUUAA